ACCAAAUAAACACUUAUAAGAUCACCUUCGCUGAUCCUACUACGUUUGCAGUCAACUACAGUCCAAUCGCUCUACGCCUGUAAAUAUGUCGCGCUUUACUUUCGCGGAACUACCAGAUGGAUCUGAUACGGACGCCUCAAAUGCAUUGUACCGAACCUAUGACAGGCGCGAGUUUAUCAGACCCUGCCGCGAAUUUCUACAGCGUCUUUAUCCACGCGACGCAAAAUGGGGCUUUACCAUCUACCGCACAGUCUACACGCCUGAAUCAGACUCCCAGUUCCUCUCUGCGCUCGAGAAAAUAAAAACUUGCCUUGCGACCGCUCUACGCAACGAGCUCCGAACUAACCGUAGGAUUCGCGCCUAUGAAGUCAAGCACGGCCAUACUCCUCGGCCAUUAAUAAAUGCCGGACCAUGCGAUCAAGUGGAGGACCAGUAUGAUCCCCUCGUGAUUGAAGACCGCGAGGUAUGGGAUGGGGCCAGCAUUGAAGAUGUCCGCGCCCAUUUUCGGGACGCGAUUUUUCAUGAAGCCCUGGAAUUGCAACGUAUCAGCUAUGAUCCGGAGACGGAACACACUACUCCAAUGACGCAUCUUGCGCAGGAUCCGAAGAGUUCCAUCUGCUUAGUGAUAGAUGCUGAGGCGUUGAGCUGGAUGACGAAUAGCGAGCCUCGGGAGAGGGGGAUGUAUUGUUUGAGGGAGGAGGAGCUCCGGGCGAUGCCGAAUGAUCCUAUGAUGCAUUUGGAUUCAAGGCCUUUCAAGUGGGGGCAGCAUGGCCGCGUGAAGGGUGUGGAUGCUGAUUGGCCGCGGCACAGUGAUAUUUGGGAGACUGAUGAAAAUGAGCCUAGUAUGCUUGGUGCGAGGAAUGGUGUACCCGAUCCACCUCGGCGAGUGUCACAGUAUCACGGAUGGAGGCCCGUGGAAUGUGAAGAACUGUGGGGUUUGUAUAAUGAUGAGUUAAGAAACGGCGGAAGGCUAGGAAGAUAGAAAACAACUUGUAGAUAGAAUGAAUCUAUACUACUAUCGAU